AUAUGUAUAUGUGUAUGUAUAUAUCCAGCAAAGUUUAUAAAUUUAACAUCUCGAAAGACUAUUUCGCUAGGUUUCUUUCGGUUACAACAUCGAUCACAUAUAACGGCACCAAAACGCAAACAUAAACUACUACUAACAUGCCUAAGAGUCGACCGCUUUCCCUCCAGACUGUGGAGCUCAAAGUGAGGAUGUGCUGCACCGGCUGUGAAAAACUUGUCAAAGAUGCCAUUCUCAAACUUAGAGGAGUGGAUUCGGUGGAGGUAGAGUUGGAGAUGGAGAAGGUGACGGUGAUGGGAUACGUCGACCGGAAUAAGGUGUUGAAGGCGGUGAGAAGGGCGGGGAAGAGGGCGGAGUUCUGGCCUUAUCCAAUGCCGCCGCUCUACUUCACUUCUGCCAACAAUUACUUCAAAGACACCACCACCGACUACAAAGAGAGCUACAACUACUGGCGGCACGGCUACAACGCUGCCCAACGCCACGGCUCUCUUCCGCCCACCCACCGUGGGGAUGACAAAGUUAGCAACCUCUUCAAUGAUGACAACGUUAACGCCUGCUGCCUUAUGUAACAACAUUUUAAU